GAGUUGUGAACUACAAAUCAUAACUUGAAAGGGAUAUUCCUCUAUUAACUGUUCAGUUUCAGUCUAUUUCAAAUCAAGUUAGUCAUGUCUGGAACCAAGGGAGGCCGUGGACAUGAGCACCACCACCAUCAUGACCACAAUCAACAGAAAUCAGACCAAACCGUCCUGGAGGCUAACCCAAGCUGCAAUGCACCAGCCCCUACUGUUGUGACUAAUCCGAAACCAGCUUGUGGGAGCCAAGCACCAGCACCUACAGUUGUGACUAAUCCAAAACCAGCUUGUGGGAGUCAAGCACCAGCACCUACUGUUGUGACUAAUCCGAAACCAGCUUGUGGGAGCCAAGCUCCAGUGCCAGUGGUACCCCGACCUGCUUCUCCACCUCAUCCAACUGCACCGCAAAUUGUGACACCCCAGCCAGCUGUAUCUCAGUGUGUGCCACCCCAGCCUCAACCUCAAAGUGUGACACCCAAGCCUGUACCACAAUGUGCAGCACCCCAGCCAGCUGCACCUCAAACUGUGGCACCCCAGCCCGCUGCACCACAGCCCUGCGGGGUCAAGGGCAAUGCAGGAGUCAAGAAGUAAUGACAAUUCUACUGAAAAAUAUUGUCCAUAAUAUUGUUACACAUAACAUUAUAAUGCUUCUUAGAUAAUGAAAAAAUCUGAAAAUCAUGUUAAUAUCUUAAAUUCUUACUGAAAAAAUAAAUUAUCUCCAGCAAUGAA